GUAAUCCCGAGGAGCCUUGCGUUUUAAUAUCUCUGUGUUAACGCAGUGCCUAGUCGGUCUCAAUUCCUCAUUCAAAUCCAUCUCAAGCACAUCAACACCGAAAUGAGUUCACCGGAACCAACACUCGCUAGCCUCGCAGCAUCCAUUUCGGAUGCUGCGAAUGCCAUCGCAAAGUACCUCGAAGACAAUGGCCAUCCGGCGCCAUCCUUCCAAGAAGAAGGCCUGGAACGCUAUCCCAAAGACCCCCAGUUGAUGGGGCUCCGAUUCCAGCUGAUAGAAGCCACUUCUGACCUGUACCACAUGGCUCUUGGGCCAGAAGACAUGGCAUUUAUGCAGCCGCUGUUCUGGAACCAUGACACGAUGAUUAUGGAUAUCAUAAACCAGUUCGACUUUUUCUCUGCAGUUCCACUUGGUGGCUCUGCCAGUUACGGCGAGAUAGCUAGCAAAACCAACCUUCCAGAAUCCAUCGUGCGACGAGUCAUCAGACAUGCCAUGACUAUGAGACUAUUUGCGGAAAAGCCGCCUGGUUCGGGCAGCAUAACUCACACCUCUACCACAGCCUUCAUGGCCAGAUAUCCAAACUGGCGUAGCUGGCUAGGCCACAACUUUGAGGACGUCCGCCCGGGAACCGUAUACGUCCCCGAGUCUCUCAGCAAGUUCAGCGCAGGGAGGGACAAGCCAAGCGAGGAUAUUUUGAACUCUGGCGUCGCGCUCGCUGAUGUUGACCACCUCGGUCAUCCGAUAUCACCCUGGGAGUACAUAGACAGGACUCCCGAGGGGAAGCCAGAGGGAUAUCGCGCCAACAGGUUUGCUGAGGCGAUGCAGAUAGCUGCUUCGACUUCGGCUGUCAAGGCACCUGAUCUGCUGGUUGCUUUUGACUGGAACAGCUUCGGCGAGGCUACUGUAAUUGAUGUCGGAGGUUCAGCAGGCCAUGAUGCCCUAGCCCUUGCCGAGAGCUUUCCUGCACUCAAGUUCAUUGUCCAGGAUCUACAACAAAACCAAGCCAAGUUUCAAUCCAAUUUGCCACCUGCCAUGGCGUCUCGCGUCUCCUACGAGGUGCACAACUUCUUCAACCCUCAGCCCACAACAGCCGACGUGUACUUUCUCAAGAUGGUCCUACACGAUUGGCCAAACAAGGAUGCUUGUUCUAUUCUGAGGAACCUGGUUCCGAGCCUCAAACCCGGCGCUCGUAUUCUGCUAUGUGAGAAUGUGGUCCCGCCGGCUCAUGAUGAGCAUGGCAAUCGUACAAUGCCUGUCAUGGCUCAGCGCAUGCUAUCUGCCGCCGACCUGCAAAUGCUCACGGCUUUCAACAGUAUGGAGCGCACUUUGGACGAAUGGAAAGCUUUGUUCAAGGAGGCCGAUGAGAAUCUUGAGGUUCGCUCAGUCUUUACUGUUCCUGGUGCGUUCCAAAGCAUCAUCGAGCUGGUGCUGAAGGCAUAAUUCGGUUGUACAUGGUUUAAAUGGGCCUGCUGCGGCUUGAAGACCCGUGUAUACAUCUAAUAUAUCAUUUGAGAUA